AAACAUUUUAAGCAACACCACCACGACCACAAGUCCUCACUGCAUGAAUAGAAGGUAGCGAAGUCUUGGCAUCAUGCCACCAGUUUUGUCGCGCAAGCGUCUGCAAUCCGACUCUCCAAAGCCAGAACCACCACCGAAGCGCGUCCGAGCACCUAAGCCAUCUGCGCCAAAACCCUCUGCACGCCGCACCAAGCAAUCCGUUUUCGAUGAGCCGCCCAAAGUAAAUCGCACGCUCUCGCAGACAAAGAAGUUUCUGGAAGGCAGCAAUGACGACAGCGAGCUUUCAGACGCCGAUAGUAGCGAAGACGAAUUCGAGGACGUGCCUUUGAACAACACGAACACAGGGAAGGGCAAAGGCAAGGCACAAGAAGCAUCAGACUCUGAAGAGAGUGAAGAGGAUGACUGGGAGGAUGCGUUAGGAGUGCAGCAUUACCACGCAAAGCACGAUGCUGGUCCAGACCCAAAGAUCUCCGGCGACAUCGCACUUACCCUCUCAGCGGUACCAAAGGCUGCAUUCGACUCAAAGCCAGACGGCAAGAAGGGACCUUCGAAAAUACAGCGCCAAAUACGCAACGUCUCGCAUUGUAUGCAUGUGCAGUGUCUAAUGUUUCACAACUUGAUGCGCAACGCCUGGAUAGAGGACAAGGAGGUGCAGAAGACACUAGUCGAGGGUUUGACGAGUGGCUGCUGGCGUGAGAUUGAGCAAUACUGGCGUGAUGCUGGCAUACCUGAUGGUGCAAGUCGCGCCAUUAUGCAGAAGAAAGCGCAGAAAACACCUGAGAAGAUCAAGGACACAAAGACGGAAGCUAAGUGCAAAAAGGGCAACUGGAAGGCUAGUGGCAGCAAUGGGGUCAAGGUGUACGACAAUCCGGACAACAAGCUCUCGAAACAGCGGAAGGAAGAGGCUCGUCGCGAGUAUGAAGCCAGUCUAGCUAGGGAUAAGAUUACAGGUGCAUCGGAGAGGAAGCAACGCGAUUGGGGUGCAAAAUCAAAGCGUAUGAAUCCGGAAACGCCAAACAUGGCUCAUGGCGAUCCUUUGCUGCGCCUGUUGAAGUACCUCUCCGCAUACUGGAAGGCGAAGUGGAGAACAACAGCACCCACUCUGCGCAAGCGUGGAUAUCUGUCACCCUCAACGCUUCAGGGGGAGAUUGACGCUUGGAAAGAGUAUGGAUCUCAUGCAGACAGCUUUGGUGAGCGCGUUGAGAGUCGCGAAGCGUUCCGUGUGAUGGCACGCAGGUGUGAGGGUAGCAAGGAUGUUGGCCAGCAGCUCUUCACAGCACUGAUACGAGGACUGGGCAUUGAAGCUCGCAUGAUUGUCAGUUUGCAGCCUAUCGGUUUCGGCUUCAGUCAGGCCGAGGAGGGCAAGCCAAAGAACCUUGAGAAGCUGAAAGAUCUUGCGAAGUCUGCGCCAUCAAAACCUACACCCGCGAAACCGAAGAAGAGCACUAGACAACAGCCCAUUUCAUCCCGAAACCGCAGAAAAGUUGUUGCAUCGUCAGGCUCCGAUUCGGAUAGCAGUGAUCUCAGUAGUGUAGUUUCGAUCUCAUCUGACGCUGAAGAUGAUAAGUUGGCGAAGAAAGCAUCGAAGACUCGCGACUACAACAACGACCUUCCGUACCCUACAUACUGGACUGAAGUCAUCUCGAACCUGACGCACACGCCUGUGACAGUCUCUCCACUUUCUCGCACGAUCAUUGCAAGCUCAACCAUACCCGAGAAGUACUCAGACUUCUACGCUCGUGGUGCUACAGCCGACAAAGCAAAGCAAGUCCUUGCCUACCUUAUUGCGUUCUCAUCAGAUGGCACAGCGAAGGAUGUUACAACACGAUAUCUUCCUAAGCACCAGUGGCCUGGCCGAACCAAAGGCUUCCGCAUGCCCAUCGAGAAAAUACCAAUCCACAACAAGCGUGGCAAGGUCAAGCGUUGGGAAGAGUGGGAUUGGUUCAAGUCCGUCAUGCGUCCCUUCUCACGCCCGCACGAUAAGCGCCAGCCCUGGGACGAAGUUGAGGAAGAAGGCGAUCUUGUCCCUGCAGAGCCUGAAAAGAAGAAGACGAUGGAUGAAGAAGGUGGCAAAGAGACUCUGCAGGGUUAUAAGACAUCUGCUGAGUACGUGCUCGAGCGCCAUCUUCGCCGUGAAGAAGCGCUCAAGCCCGGCGCAAACAUCGUCCGUCACUUUGCCAUCAGCAAGAAGGGCGAAGAAGACAAGCUCGAGCCGGUAUACCGCCGGAAAGACAUUGUAAACUGUAAAACCACCGAAUCCUGGCACAAAGAAGGUCGCGAAGUCAAGCCCGGCGAGCACCCACUCAAAUACGUUCCCAUGCGCGCUGUGACCAAGACCCGCAAACUCGAGAUCGAAGAGCGCGAGCGCAUCGAGGGUGGGAAAGUACAGCAGGGCUUGUACGCAAAGAGCCAGACAGAUUGGAUCAUCCCCGAUCCAAUUGUCGACGGCAUCAUCCCCGUCAACGCAUUCAAUAACAUCGAUGUCUACGUAUCCACCAUGGUGCCCAGGGGCGCAGUGCACAUCCCGCUCAAAGGCACAGCGCGCGUGUGCCGCAAGUUGAACAUCAACUACGCGGAUGCAUGCACAGGUUUCGAGUUCGGCAAGCAGCGCGCUGUGCCAGUCAUCACCGGCGUCGUUGUCGCCGAAGAGAACGAGCAUUUGGUUAUUGAUGCUUGGGAGGCUGAGGAGGCGGAGAAGCUGAGAAAGGAAGCGGAGAAGAGACAGAAGUUUGUGCUGGGGUUGUGGAAGAAGUUUUACUCUGGCUUGAAGAUCGUGCAGCGUAUGAAGGAUGAGUAUGGUGAGGAAGCGGAGUUGCCGCAAGAGGAUCUUUUUGCGCCGAUGGAGAGGAAGGAAGAGACAGAGUGGGAAGUGUUUCAAAAGCACCAGGGUAAGGACUUCGAGGGUGGGUUUCUGCACGAGGAGCCUGGAAUUGGAGGUGGUGGGUUUGUGAGGAAGGAAGCGCCGGCGGCUACUCAUGACGAGGAUAUGGCUGGUGGCUUCUUCCCCGCAAGUCAGGAAGAAAUCAGGCAUGGCGACCUCACCAUCGAUCUCGGUGACCACGAAGACCAGAAGCGCACACCUGUCGCGGAUACCGCAUAUCGAACGCCGAUCUCGCUAUCAGCAGCUGUCGAGCAGCCGGUUGAUGAAGAAGAUGAUGACGGUGCGGACCAACAGGAAGGCGAUGCCCAAGAUACAGACGCGAUCGACAGUGAGGACAAGGAUGAUAAACCCCUCGUACCUCCACGCCCCAAGUCUUCCAAGCUAACACCAACCCGCUCAGAGCGCACAUCCACAUCAACAUUAACUCGGAAGCGUAAAUCCAUCAUCGAAUCUUCAGACGAAGAGUCGCUCUCAGACGCGCCUUCCGACCCACCGACACCGCCGCCUUCCACUAGAAGCGCGCCGAAGCGCAAGGCUGCGCGCAAGAGUGAUGCGCAGGUCAAGAGCCACUUUUUUGCGAUGGGGAGUGAGGAUGAAACGGAUGCGACUGAUAUUACGGAUAGAGCGUCGCCGAAGAAAAGUGCUGGUACGGGAAGGGGAAGGGGGAGGAGUGGGAGGGAAAGAGGUGGAGGACGAGGAAAGGCGACAUAA